UCGUUAUCAAUUUAUUUGUAUAAAUAGAAUUAGAAGACGGUCUAAUAUCAGCAGUUGCAACUGAUCCAUUCGCGUUGAAUUAAGUGUCAGAUCAAACCGAAAUUUUAAAAUGUUCAAAUUGGUCGUUGUACUUUCAGCCCUAUUCGGAGCAAUUUAUUCCCAAACAAGUGAUACAGAUGCAAACGUUGUUAAUUUCGAGAGUAACAACAAUCCAGACGGUACAUAUCAAUACUCAUACGAAACCAGCAACGGAAUUUACGCUAGAGCAUCAGGUGUUGGUGGCGAAUCAGAAGAAGGUGAAGUGAGAUAUGUUGCUGCUGAUGGUACUCCUAUUAACUACAAGUACACCGUUGAUGAUGGCGGUUUUAAGCCGGUUGGUAACCAUAUUCCUCAAGAGCCAGCACACAUUGCCAGAUUGAUCGAAUGGUUGGAAUCACAUGGGUCAGAAUCUUCAGACGAUGGUUCCUAUAGAAGUGUUGGCGAUGAUGGUUCGUACAGAGAAUAAGUGAGUUCGGAGUUGUUAAUAUAACUUAUUAAAGACGUUUUUGUUGUGAAUAUUAAAAUUUGUUUUACAAA